GCUUGCCUGCCUUCGCACCCUACCUUGCCUCCAUUCUCGGCUAACCUUACAUAACCUUUUUCCCACUGCGUUGAAUCUUCUUCGAGAUGCAGAAAGCGGCGUUGGACUGGGGAGUUCAGGAGCUAGUUUUGGACGAGUUCUUUCAAAAUACGUCAGAAAAGUUUCGGAGGAAUCUCCACCUCCUGACUUCCCAUCCAUGGGAGGAAGCUAGGCAGGCCUUGAACAGAGCCCGGGACCAUCGACAAUCUAACCCCAGGCGCGGGGUCAAUAAAAAGGACCAUCUUCAGCCCCUGGACUUGGCGAUGGCGAAGACUAUACUGAAAAAUGGAUCCGUCCCAAAUCCAAUAAAGACUCCAAAACCUGCUCCUGCUAGUGGCAUUAUAGAUCUAGCCAGCCCCGACAAACUACACGACACAGACUCCUCGGAUGAGACAACGUCGGUCUUGCGGCUCCAUGGGCUAAACGUCCACAUUCAGAGGCAAUCACUCACGACACUACAGCCUGGUGAAUGGUUAACGGACGAGAUUGUCAACGGUGCUCUUCAUCUCAUCAAGGAAGUAAGCAACGACAAGGUGCGAAUCGUCGAUUCAUUAUCACACCAAUCCAAACGGCAGCCUACGAGACCUGACUUCCUUAACAACCAAGUAUUACUGCCCAUGCUCAUUCGUCGCAAUCAUUGGGUCCUUGGUGUGUAUGAAGACAGGACAGGGCUUUUGGUUUACGACUCCAAAUGGGACCCGUCCACCAAGGAUGCCGUAUCGGACCAAGCUGGUAUAUUCUUUUCGGAAAUCCUCCGGAAGGUCGACGACGACUGCCCGCAAAUUACAGUCACUGCGCCGUUGAUUCAAUCCAACUCCAGUGAUUGCGGUAUACUCAGCAUUGCUGCAGCUUUCCAUAAGGCGAUGGGCCUCAGCAUCGAGCCUACACAUGUCGAUCCAGCUGUAUGGCGAGAUUUCUUACUUCGGCUACUAAUAUCGCAAUCACACGUCGAUGAAUAUCUCAAUGACUCACCACCAGUCGAGAUUGAACUUCCAUGUCUGCCUUCAACGGUCCCAUUUUCCGAACUUCCUGGAGCCCUAGCUCAGUUCUUCCACGCGUUUCUCCCGAGACUGCACCAGCGGUCGAAUGCAAUCAGGAAAGCACUCGUUUCAAGAGAACUCGUCUUGAAAAUUAGCCGUCUCGCGACGGGCGCGAAAAACGCUAGUGCAGACGCUAUGGCACGGUUCCAAAGAGUAAACGAUUAUUACGAGGUGGUAGUACAGCGAUUGCGUGCCGAGGAAGAGCAGGCUAGGAUGUUGAUGCAGUCGGUCAUGACCUGCAGAAAGGUUCGUCCGACAAAGUGACAGCAAACAACAAUUGCUAACAGAGACGCUAGAGUUUUCCAAUAAUCGUUGACGAGGUCCAACACACAAACGGACCCAUGGCGGGUAUUGGUUCAAGCA